CAUCAGUCGGCCGUCGUCGACAGUAAACUGUAUGUCGAUGGCGGCUUCGUGAACUGGAAGCCCUUCACCGAGACGUCUCAGAAUCUCACAAACCCCUUUCUCGUCUUCAGCGACCUUGACGACUCUGCCCAAGGAAUGCCCACUCUACACGCGAAUCUCUCCAAAAACGCAACAAUUCCGAGCGUUCACGGCGGAGCGUUGUGGGACGACUCGGUAAACAAGCGGCUUUACCUGUUUGGGGGUGAAACGACUCAGGGACUGCCCACCAACUUUGUUCUGUACAGCUACGACAUCCUACACAACCACUGGCACUCGCUCGGUCCGCCAACCGGACCCGUUAUUCCGACGAGUUAUGGUGCAGGUGUUUCGAUCCCCUCGAGGGGUGAGGCGUACUACUAUGGUGGCUGGUUCAACAACGCAUCGGUUCCCGGUUGGACAGGGCCGCCCUUGGCCUCCAACAGAUUGAUCAAGUACACCAUGGACUCGAACACUUGGAGCAACCUCACGGGACCCGACACCGUCAGGAGGGCAGACGGCGUCAUGGUGUUUAUCCCCAUCGCAGAUGCCGGCAUGUUGGUGUACUUUGGCGGCAGCAAGGACCUGUACGGAAACGGUACCCUGACUCCCGAGCCGCUAGACACAAUUUUCCUGUACGACGUUGCAAACGGGAAGUGGUACGCCCAAAAAACGUCGGGUCGCACCCCUGAGAGCCGACGGCGAUUCUGCGCAGGGGCUACGUGGGCUCAAGAUCAGUCCAGUUACAACAUUUAUCUCUACGGAGGCGCGGGCUUCCCGCCGGAUACCACGGGCUACGACGACAUUUACGUCCUGUCCAUCCCCAGCUUCCAGUGGAUCCGCGGCCCCUACCCACUGGGCAGCAACGUAACAGGCCCUUACCCCAAGAGCAUGAUGACUUGCAACGUUGUCCGCAACGCGCAGAUGCUGAUCAUUGGGGGCACGUACUUCAACAACACCGACUUCAUGUGCGACGCCGAGUCGGUGUGGGGGCAGCACAACAUGGCCCUGUCGCAAGAGAAUCCGGACAAUGACAUCUGGGGCGAGUACAUACCCAGCGUCACGACUUACACCGUGCCUAGCUUCAUCCUGACGGCCGUGGGCGGAGACAAAACCGGCGGCGCAACCGCGACGAAACCCGCAUCGGGCUUCGUAGCCCCUGAGCUGACGGCUCUAAUGACAAGAAAGGCCGUCAUAACACCCCGUAGCCCGACGAGGUCUAUUCCUACCCCUGCUCCAACUCAGAGCAACCCUGGAAACGAAACAGAGGGCCCCGCCCCGGUGUUGAGCACCGGCGCGAUAGCGGGCAUCGCGAUAGGGGGUUUCUUUGGUCUCCUCGCUCUGGUUGCCAGCUGCUGCCUGCUCGUCCGCCGUCGGCAGGUAUACUACGCAAACCCGCGCCAGGACGGCCAGAGCGUUCCGUCCGAAGCCUGGGGUACUUCGAUUCCCUCUGUCUUCUCCCCCGCAGUCAGCACGCAGGCAACAACCUACGUCCCACCGGUCCAGUCCCCGAUCCUGCUGCCUUCGUCACCGAUAUAUCCGCGUGCAGAACUGGCAACGGACUACAGCCAGAGAUAUGCUGCUUGGGCUCGGAGCAUGCCCGGAAGCCCUGUAGGCGGCGCCAAACGAGAACCUUCGUUCCGGCAACGCUCCCAGUCAGUGACUGGGGGCGAAGGGAUACCUCACCACAUGCACCCUGGAGGUGUCAGUCCGAGGACCCCAUUUGGGGGGAGUAGGGGACCCGUCCCGGGAGCACCGUUCUGGGCUCCUCCCUCGCCGCAGCCUCCGGCGUAUGUUUCGCAUGUCACGGUUCAGACGCCGCAGGCAAGAUUUCCUCCGUCACAUUCACGGGUGCCGGUGGAUCAGGAUGGGGUGGAUGAAAUCCGCCCAGUGUCGGCUUCGCAUCAGGGGUCUAUAAUGUAAUUUUGAAGUUGCCAGGAGUCUGAGACGCUCUCCCCGCUCUAU